AAUCAGAAAAUUUUAUCAGCUUCAUCUAUAGUUAGAACCGCCAUGUUUUUUAAUCGUGCAGCUACUGCUCCUUUUAAAGACCGCCAUGAUGCUGGGCAAAAAUUGGCUGAAGCUUUAAAGAAUUUUAAAUCUCAAAGGGACAAAGUUGUGGUUCUAGCAUUGCCGAGAGGAGGUGUGCCUGUUGCUUUUGAAGUUCGUAAAAUCGGUGCUCCAGGACAUGAAGAAUAUGGAAUAGGUGCUGUAGUUGAAGGGAAUCCUCCAGAAUUGGUUAUGAAUGAAGAUGCUGUUAAAUACACUCAACCUCCAGAGGGAUAUGUUCAAGCAAUGAUGGAAAAGCAAUUAAAGGAAAUUGCACGCCAAAGAAAUCGUUAUUUGGGUGAUCGACCUCCUCUUUCACUUGCCGGCAAAAUCGCAAUUGUUGUUGAUGAUGGAAUAGCUACAGGAGGGACAGCAAGAGUAGCAAUGAAAGCCCUACGUCAAAAGAAUGUUGCAAAGGCAUUGUUGGCAUCCCCUUUAGCUCCUUCUGAUACACUUGCCGAACUUCGUGCAGAAGGCAAUGAAGUACUUGUUCUUGAAACCCCUCCAAAUUUUUCUGCUGUUGGACUUCAUUAUACAAAAUUUGACCAGACUAGUGAUGAGGAAGUAAUUGAUUGCUUGGAAAAAUCGAGGGAAUGGUUGCCAAAAAGUAAUGAUUUAAAGAAUUAA